AAAAACUCAAACUCUGCCACCUAUUUCUCUUGUGUAAUGUAAUGUCAGCUCCCAAGACAAGUGCUAGUGAGAGAUGGAAGAUAUUGAAGGCUGCUAUCCUAUCUGCCCAAGGCGGCGGAGGGACCCAACAGUCUAGCCCCAGUACUAGUGCGAGUGUGAGGAGCUUCAGUAGCUAUGGACUAUUCACCUCCUCUCCCAGCCAAGAUGGAUGGAGCAGCUACUCCCCCAGAGAGCCGGUCCCUAGCUUGAAGGUGGCUCCUCUUAUACGAGACCAGACUCAGACAACUUCGCUACAAGAUAUGAUUGGAUUCAACAAUACUGGCAAUGUCUGCAUUUGGCCCUCAGAGGAGGUGUUGGCCCAUUACUGUGUCCGACAUGCCUCACUGUUCAGUGGCCAGUCAGUGGUGGAGCUCGGGUGUGGGAUGUCUGCACUGGCUGGAGUCAUGCUAGCCUCUACACAGCUACCCUCUCAUGUACUACUAACAGACGGCAACUCAAGCAGCGUGGAUAACGUCACAUCCAUUGUCAGUCGAAACUCCGAGCAAUUUGGAAGUACAAUGGUGACAAGUGAAGUGCUGUGCUGGGAUGACUCUUUCCUUGGUUCCCCCUCUCUCCACGACGGUAGCUUUGAUUGGGUGUUGUGUGCCGACUGUGUGUUCUUCACUGAGCUACACUCAUCGCUCGUCAGUACUAUGCUCAAGCUGUGUCGCUCUGGGACUGGGAAGGUGUUACUGUUUGCCCCAGGCAGGAGUGGAACAUUACAACAGUUCCUGGCCCUCGCUAGUCAGUCGUUUAAAGUGGACAUAAUGAAUUGCUAUGACGACUUGGUGCACAGCAAGCAUAAGGAACUGAUAGACAGUCAUGAUGAAUCGUACAAGUCAGACCUCCAUUACCCUAACAUGCUCACACUGACUCCACUAGGGUAACUAUUUUAUUGUACAAUUAUAAUUUGCAAAAAAAUAUUUCUAUUGUGCAAAAAUUACUGCUAUUAUAUUGACACAAAACA